CGAGGGGUCCGGUCAAGGAGAACCGGGUGUGCGCCACGGCAAAGAGGCCGGUAAGAGCGGAAAGCGUGGUGAAAAAGACGGUGAAGGUCGUGGAGGUCGAACUAGACGAAUCGGACGACGAGAAUAGGGGCGUCGAACAGGAGUGGGGAACUUUUAUGGGGGCGGAUGAGGUGCCGCGCACCAGUUCACAAAAGCUCCCAAAAGGGGCGGAGUUUGAAAUGACGCGCGAGGGGGACGCGCACGCGCCCGCGACGGACCGCGGCCGCGUCGCGCGCACGAUUUCAAAGAAAGGCCAAAGUGGGCCGAUUGUGGAAACGAUGCGCGAAAUUGUGGGGGAGUCCAAGAAGAUCGGAAAGGGCAAAGAGAGCCCAGCCGCGUUGGCUGUCCGCUCUUCUUGGGAUUCAAAAGCAGGCUUCGCAUGA